CUCAAACCAGAGCUGCCGUCGCCAGAAGCGAGAACGCCAAUCGCGCGCAAAUUUUUGCCUUCUGAAACUCUGCGAAAGAAAACGGUCAUGUCUCAGAGCGCAGGUAUGAUUGCAGUCCUCCUAACAGCGCUGUUCGCUGUCACCCUCGCAAUUCCCGGAGGCUGGUCGACGAAGCAACCCUCGUCGAGCCCGAAGUACAAAGAACUGGCCCACUUCGCUGUGGCUCAGCGCGUUGAAGGUCUGCAGAAGUACGACACAGUUCUCGAGCUCACAAAGGUGGAGACUCAGGUAGUUGCUGGCGUCAACUACCGCAUAACCUUCACCAUUGCCGGAUCUGAUUGCACAAUAGGUGAAGUUGAGUACAACGCUGAACGUUGCCCACCGAAGGAUAAUCAGGCAAAGGCAACCUGCACAGCCGUAGUCUACGAGAGGCCCUGGGAACACGUCCGAACCCUCACUUCCCUGAACUGCGCUUGAAUUUAGGCCUUGUCGCGAAGUCUUCAAGAGAAAGCUAUAAAAUUAUCAAUCUUUCAUAGAAAGAGUUGGUCAUAGGUGUGAUUACGGUAACUUAUGAUUGCGUAAUGCCAUGUAAUUACUGGUGUAUCAUUUGAACUAGUUACGAAUGGGAAAUUCUGCAACGACAUAAUAAAAAUAAAAAUCCAUUAUGUAGGUGAGCCAUAUUGUCAAUUUUAUAACAGUCGAUGGCAGUUCCCGAAUAAAGAAUUCAAUGUUUUAUUUUUAAUUUCA